GGGGCGCCGAGCGACGCGCCGCGGCAUUCGACGGCAGGUCGCGGCCGCGAGUGUGUGUCAUUCGCGCUAACGCCUUUACCAACAUUCCUCUCGCGCAGUGAAAACUUCAUAAAAAAUAUUUUAUUGCAAAAACAAAUGGCCGUCGAUAGUGAAACUUAAACUAGUGAAUAAGCACAGUGUUCUGUGAGAGUUUAUAAGCUGACAGUAAAGUUAGCGUGAUUUUACUUGAAUUCCGAGCCUCGCACCGCUCGGAAAGAGCUGAGUGACAGUUUGGUGUGUAUUGUGCGAGUUUUUCUCGAAGGAUUUUCUCUAUUAGCGAGCCGGAGGCGCAGCCCUUGCCCCCGUCAUGGAGGGUUACUUCGACAACGACCUGAAGGACGUGUUUGAGGCGGACAUUGACCCGGACAUGCAAGAAGUUCUCGACGAGGACUCUACUAUGAACGACUGGCUCAUCGACUCCAAAUCCGGCGUGGUGCUGCACGAUAGGCUCAUGACCGACGCGGCCCUCGGCGCGGCUCCCAUCAAGACAGAACACUCCUACAGCCUACACUCCGACGUCGAAUCAGCACCCUCAUCGCCACACCACACCAAAGUCGACGACAUGGAAGACGAGUGUUACCCAGCAAUGCCCGCCAGCGCUUGGAGCAGCCGACGGAGGUCCAGCGAGUCACCGCCACGGGAGGUCAAAAUGGAGCCAAAAUCCGAACCAGAGUCACCAGCGUCAUCCUGCCCACCAUCUCCCACGCCAGGCACACCUGUCACACACUUGGACUAUGUCAUCGACCACACAACGGGCACAAUCCACAUGCCUCAAGCAGUUCUUCAGAAGGUGGGCGCGGCGGGCGUGCCGCAGCUGCUGCUCAGCGCAGCACCCCGGCUGGCCAACUCGCUGUCCUCCAACAAGCUCUCCAUCAAGGUCACGUCCAGCUCGGGAGCGUCAGGGUUCAACUUACCCCCUACGCCGCCUUCGUCGCUAUCAUCAUCCGACAGCGAAGGGGCUUUAUCCCCCGAGCACGAGGGAGCCACCCCCGCGCCCGCCGCCGCCCCCUCGCGCCGCAGCCACCUGUACGUGUCGCACCACUCGCGCCAGCCCAUCAACACGCCGCUCAUUAGCAGCCAGCCGAAAGGCUCGACAGGCACGCUAAUGCUGACGGAAGAAGAGAAGCGCACUCUCCUAGCCGAGGGCUACCCGGUACCUACGCGCCUGCCGCUCACCAAGGCCGAGGAGAAGUCGCUCAAGAAGAUACGGAGGAAAAUUAAAAAUAAGAUAUCUGCACAAGAAAGCCGGCGCAAAAAGAAGGAAUACAUGGACCAGUUGGAGAGGAAGGUAGAAAUUUUAGUAUCAGAGAAUUCAGACUACAGAAAAAGGGUCGAGACGUUGGAACAGAAGAAUGCGAGUCUCCUCAGCCAGCUGGCCGCCUUGCAGGCGCUGGUCACGCGCGGCCGCAAGUGACGUCACCGCCCGCUGUGACAUCACACACAUGUAUUACACGAUCGGCUUCGAAUUCGAUCACAAGAUACGGGCGGUUUUAUGUAGGUGGCUCAGUAUCGAUUUUUGUUUCGCUGUUUUAUAACGCAAUAAUGAUUUGAUAAAAUCUGUGGCUUGUUGAUUCUCAAGGGUCCGAUUUAGUGAAGAAUUUUUAUUCGGGAGCUGAAGUUGGGAUAUUUGAAAAAUAUGAAUAUCUUUAGCACUAUAAAUAUCUAUCGGCUCUUUUGGUACAGAGAUCAGCAAUACAAUAUUGUUUAUUCCGUUGCAUUAUACGAGGGAUCACUAGAAUGACAUACUGAGCCACCUGACAAAGAAAGAAUUAUAAUUUUUGAAUUUGAUAUGUAUAUUUAAGGUUUCAUCUUGUGGUCCGAUUCGAUGCGUUGACACAAAAGGCUGUGAGAAACUGUAAGCGUUGGUUCUCACAGUUGCUAGCGUUGUUCAUAAUCGUAAGUCCCUUACGGCGUGUAUGUAAUUGAUGAUGUAUAUUUUGGAAGUAUUUACACGGUCGGUGGGUUGCUCAGUUAGUGGUAGGUCUGUGCCCGUGCCACUAGAUAUUUAUUUUGUUCCACGCCGUUACGUCGAGACGUGUCCGAGGAUUGACUCCAAGACAGGGAAUAGUACUGGGGAUUAAAUAAGUCGAUAGUUAUUUACGCGUGUUGUUUGAAAUCUCGUAAUAUAUUUUAAUAGUGCUGUAGAAGCGUUACAUAAUUUAAGUUUUAAUUUGUGCGUGUUUUUAUUAAAAUGUGCAAUUAGGUUAAGGAUUUAUUUGUUACCCAAAGCAUACGUUGUAAUAGUAUGUCGCCGCGGCGAGCGCGCGGUCGUCAGUUGAUGUUACGUGGAUCAUUAUUGGCCCAUACGUUCUGCAGUGGCACUGGACUAAGCAGGCGAUAAGUUGUGACUGGUCACUAUUUAAAUUAUAUUGUAGUAGAGAUGCAAAAGGCAACCCUUUUGUGAAUUUGAUAUAACUCUAUUUACCAGACUUGAAGUUGUUGCCUCUCUUUCCGAUGAUACGAUGCCAGACAGAGACGGAAGGUGUGUGGACUUCCCCCGCGUCUGGCAGGUCGGCCUACUUCUUCAGCUAUCGUGUUAUGGUGGUGUUGUCGGAAUCUUCGUAGCAUAAUAUAAGGCGCGCACCAUACACGCGCGUCUUAACGGUAAAUAUUGAAUUCCAUGAAUUUGCAUUUAUAGCGAAAUGUGUGUCGUCCUAAGAGAUUUUAUCUUGUAUUUAAGAUAACAUUAGAUAUAUCCAUAGAGGACCUGUAUAAAGCCGAUUUGUAUGACAAUUGUUUUCGGUUAUAUCUAGUCUCUUGUAGAACCAUGGGGCCUCAUUGUAGAGGCCUCGCGAUAGAAACAUUUAGCUGUAUUCAAUCUCAUACUGCGCUCAACAGAUUUACAAGUACAAAUAAUGGCAUGCCUUCGAGAAACUAACGUGAAGUAGCUAACAUGAGCCUCCAUACCAUGAGCAUAUUGACCCUUCAAGUACUAGCAGUAUUUUAUGUGUAAUUUGCUGUAACAGUUUCGCGUAAGCCUUUGAAGGAAUCUCUACCGCCUGACGUUAGUUGUAUUUUUAUAUUUCAUCCGGGGACGUUAAGCCUUAUAUUUUUGUAAAAUUUUAUAUUCCAUUCAAAUUUAAUUUAAUUUAAUCAUAGUUCUUUAAUUUUCUUAAAGUGCCUUAAAUUAAUAGAAUGACACCACUAAAGAGUUUCUACGCAAACUUACGAAUCAAAGUUUAAUUUCCUAACAAGUGCCGAAAGGAUUUUCUCACCAAUUUACUGUCAAUGGAUUUUAUCUAUAGUCUAAAUUCUACUGAAAUAUAUGGCAACACUAGUCCCCGGUCUUGCCAAUAAUAAUUCCAUUCUGGGAACGCAUUCGCAGUUUGGUAAACUGCAUGCACCACUAACAUUCUUUACUAAACAUUCCAUACUUCUCGAGUAGAAUGAGUGACUUAAAGUGAGCUCGUGUACUUACACUAACUUAGAAUAAUACAUAUUAAUUAACUCUGUACAAAUGUCUGUUUCACAUAUGUUAUAUAUCGAGCUGUUAUUACUUCGCUAGUGUUUAUACAUCAAUAUUAAAUGUCUAUGCUGUUCUUACGGGCCACGGAGUCGCCGAGUCUGUAGUAAGCACGGCGCUUAGUGUAGCUAUGCAACGUAUGAUUGAAAUACUAAAGAAAAUUCAUGCAGACCAGCAGAAUUUUAUUAUACUUAUUGAAUAACUAGUUUUCCGCCCGCGGCUUCGCCCGCGUGGAAUUUUGUCUGUCACAGAAAAACUUUAUCGCGCGCGUCCCUG